AUGGGAUUUCUUGGCCACAUUGUUUCUGCAGAGGGAGUUUCUGUGGAUCCGGCUAAGAUUGAGGCUAUCAGAGAUUGGCCUAGACCUAGUAGUGCCACCGAGAUCAGGAGUUUUCUGGGUUUGGCAGGAUACUACAGGAGGUUCGUCAAGGGGUUUGCUACCAUGGCGCAGCCGAUGACGAAGUUGACCGGGAAGGAUGUCCCUUUUAUUUGGUCAGCUGAGUGUGAGGAGAGCUUUAGUCAGCUCAAGGAGAUGUUGACUACUACACCAGUGUUGGCGUUACCCGAGCCAGGGAAGCCUUACAUGGUGUAUACAGAUGCUUCAGGCAUUGGUCUUGGUUGUGUGCUGAUGCAGGAGGGCAGAGUGAUAGCAUAUGCUUCGAGACAGUGGCAGGGCAGUGAGCGUAACCGUCCUACACAUGACUUAGAGUUGGGAGCAGUGAUCUUCGCGUUGAAGAUUUGGAGGUCUUACUUGCUAGGUGAGACAGUACAGGUCUUCACGGAUCACAAGAGUUUGCAGCAUAUCUUCACUCAGCCGAUGAUGAACGCGAGACAGACGCGCUGGGUUGAGUUCUUGGCGGAUUAUCAGGUGAGCAUUAACUACCAUCCGGGCAAGGCUAACCUAGUGGCGGACGCGUUGAGUAGACGGAGGUAUGAUUCCGCAGUUGAGCGAGAUGUGGAGUCUCUAGUUGGCGAGAUCAGUACCUUGCGUUUGUGUGCCAUUUCGCAUGAGCCUUUGGGUUUAGAGGCGGUGGAUCAGGCGGAUCUACUUAGCAGGAUCAGAGUUGCUCAGCAGAGUGAUCAGAGUUUGCUAGAUGCGACGAGAGUGACUGGUUCUGAGUAUGAGGUCUCUGCGAAUGGGACUAUCUUGGUUCGUGGGCGAGUUUGUGUGCCUAAGGAUGUGGAGUUGAGACAUCAGAUUUUGGGAGAGGCUCACGCGAGCAAGUUUUCCAUUCAUCCGGGAGCGACCAAGAUGUACCAUGACCUCAAGAGGUACUAUCAUUGGGUCGGGAUGAAGAGGGAUGUAGCAGAUUGGGUUGCGAAGUGCAACACUUGUGCCUUGGUGAAGGCAGAGCAUCAGGUUCCGGGUGGUCUUUUGCAGAGUUUACCCAUUCCCGAGUGGAAGUGGGAUAGGAUUACGAUGGAUUUCGUGGUUGGACUACCUGUUUCGAGGACUUUCGAUGCUAUCUGGGUGAUUGUGGAUCGGUUGACUAAGUCUGCACAUUUCUUGGCCAUCAAGAAGACAGAUGGAGCUGCUGUCUUGGCUAGGAAGUUUGUGCGAGAGAUUGUGAGGCUGCAUGGAGUGCCAGCUAGUAUUGUGUCAGACCGUGAUCCCAGAUUCACUUCAGAGUUUUGGAGGGCGUUUCAGGCAGAGAUGGGCACUAAGGUGCAUCUGAGUACAGCUUAUCAUCCGCAGACAGAUGGUCAGUCAGAGAGGACUAUUCAGACUUUGGAGGAUUUGCUGAGGAUGUGUGUGUUGGAUUGGGGUGGCCAUUGGGCAGAUCACCUGAGCUUAGUUGAGUUUGCAUACAACAACAGCUUUCAGGCGAGUAUUGGCAUGGCUCCAUUUGAGGCUUUGUAUGGGAGGCCAUGUAGGACACCCCUAUGCUGGACCCAAGUGGGGGAGCGCAGCAUGUAUGGAGCUACUUAUGUUCAGGAGACGACAGAGAAGGUUCGUGUUGUGAGGCUGAACAUGAAGGAGGCUCAGGAUAGGCAGAAGAGUUAUGCAGAUAGACGCAGACGAGAGCUUGAGUUUCAGGUGGAGAUAGAGUUUAUCUCAAGAUGGCUAUGUUGA